UGUUUCAGAUACCUGACAGAGUUUGUAGAUUUGGGAAAUCUUUCUGUGUUGAGAACGUUCAGAGUACUUAGAGCUCUGAAGACCAUCACAGUCAUCCCUGGCCUAAAGACGAUUGUCGGAGCGCUCAUCCAAUCAGUAAAGAAGCUGGCUGAUGUGAUGAUUCUGACCGUGUUCUGCCUGAGCGUCUUCGCUCUGAUUGGUCUGCAGCUCUUUAUGGGAAACCUGCGCCAGAAAUGUGUUCUGGUACCACCGCUGUUGCUUGGCAACCACACCUCUGACACCCACCUCAGUACUGGUAACCAUGGAUCUGAAACCCAAAGCAACAACACAGGAAGCAGCAACUUUGACUACUCAGAGUACAUCAACAACCCAGAAAACUACUACUACCAGCCCGGUCAACUUGAUGCUCUGCUGUGUGGAAACAGCUCUGAUGCUGGGGUAUGUCCGGAGGGUUACGUUUGUCUGAAAGCGGGGAGAAACCCAAACUACGGAUACACAAGCUACGACUCAUUUGGUUGGGCGUACCUGUCUCUGUUCAGACUGAUGACCCAGGACUUCUGGGAGAACCUGUUCCAGCUGACACUACGAGCAGCUGGUAAAACCUACAUGAUCUUCUUCGUGGUUGUUAUCUUCCUUGGCUCGUUCUACCUUAUUAACCUCAUCCUAGCCGUGGUUGCCAUGGCGUACGCCGAGCAGAACGAGGCCACCAUGGCCGAGGCUAAACAGAAGGAGGAAGAGUACGCUCAGAUCCUGGAGAUGCUAAAGAAGAGAGAGGAGGAGCAGGCGGCCAGCAGGGCUCAGCUCUUAGAGGACCCAGAUGGAGCACCACAGAAGAAGAAUUCAUCUGUAGAAACAAAGGGUCACGACCAAGAACACACUGCCAUGGAAGACUUUGCAGACGACCAGAGGCCGUGUCCUCCAUGUUGGUACGUCUUUGCCGACAUUUUCCUGAAAUGGAACUGUUGUGGCUGCUGGCGGUGGCUCAAACAGUAUCUCUACACCAUUGUCAUGGACCCUUUCGUUGACCUCGGAAUUACUAUCUGUAUUGUCCUCAACACCGUCUUCAUGGCCAUGGAGCAUUAUCCAAUGACAGAGGAGUUUGAGGAGCUUCUGAGCAUUGGAAAUCUGGUUUUCACAGGGAUCUUCACAGCAGAGAUGGUCCUCAAACUUCUGGCCAUGGACCCGUACUACUACUUCCAGGUGGGCUGGAACAUCUUUGACAGCAUCAUCGUCACCAUGAGUCUGGUAGAGCUGGGAUUGGCUAACGUUCAGGGCCUAUCUGUGCUGCGCUCCUUCCGAUUGAUGCGAGUGUUUAAGCUGGCGAAGUCGUGGCCAACUCUCAACAUGUUGAUAAAGAUCAUUGGGAACUCGGUGGGUGCUCUGGGGAACCUGACUCUGGUCCUGGCCAUCAUCGUCUUCAUCUUUGCUGUCGUCGGCAUGCAGGUUUUUGGGAAGAACUACAAAGACUGCGUCUGUCGCAUCGCACUUGACUGCGAACUUCCCCGCUGGCACAUGUACGACUUCUUCCACGCCUUCCUCAUCAUCUUCAGGGUCCUGUGUGGAGAGUGGAUUGAGACCAUGUGGGACUGCAUGGAGGUCUCGGGUCAGACCAUGUGUUUGAUUGUUUUCAUGAUGGUCCUCGUUAUCGGAAACCUGGUGGUUCUGAAUCUGUUCCUGGCCUUGUUGCUGAGCUCAUUUAGUGGUGAUAAUCUUGCGGCUCCAGAAGAUGAGGGAGAAAACAAUCUGCAGAUCGCUAUGAACAGGAUCAGUCAGGCUGUGUCUUGGGCAAAGAAAUGGAUCCUGGAACAAAUCUGGACUAUCACUGGAAAGAAGAACCACAUUAACCCAGACCACACCGUGGUCGACAGUGAGGAAGACAAUAGGACUACGAAGGUAAUCUUAGCAUUGACCUUUGUGACCUCAAGCCAGGCGGUGUCAGAGGUCGAGUACCUCGACUAUAACCAUGGCAACCUGACAAACAACGAUGACAUCAUUCCCUGUAUGACGGUCCCGAUCGCCGAGGCUGAGUCCGACUUUGAAACGCAUGACAAUGAUGAUGAAGAGUACGAAGAAGAGGAUGAGGAUGAAGAAAAGCACUCCCAUUGUGAUGAGUCGUCAGUCUGCAGCACCGUUCAGAAACUUCCUGAAGCUCACGAGGACGGAGAAGAAGAAGAGCACGAAGCAAACACACCUGAGGACUGCUUCAGUGACAAGUAUUACAGACGCUGUCCAUUCCUGGACAUAGACACAUCCCAGAGCAGAGGGAAGGUCUGGUCCAACAUCAGGAGAACCUGUUUCUCCAUCGUAGAACACAACUACUUUGAGACCUUCAUCAUUUUUAUGAUCCUGCUGAGCAGUGGAGCUCUGGCGUUUGAGGACAUCUACUUGGAGCAACGGCGGGUCAUCAAGACAGUCCUGGAGUAUGCAGACCAGGUGUUCACCUACGUGUUUGUGCUGGAGAUGAUUGUCAAGUGGGUUGCCUAUGGAUUCAAGACUUACUUCACCAACGCCUGGUGCUGGCUCGACUUCCUCAUCGUAGACGUGUCUCUGGUGUCUCUGACAGCAAACAUCCUGGGAUACUCUGAGUUGGGCGCCAUCAAGUCUCUGAGGACUCUGAGAGCUCUGAGGCCCCUGAGGGCCCUCUCUCGCUUCGAGGGCAUGAGGGUGGUGGUAAAUGCCCUGGUUGGAGCGAUCCCGUCCAUUUUUAACGUGCUGCUGGUUUGUCUGAUAUUCUGGCUGAUCUUCAGCAUCAUGGGAGUGAAUCUGUUUGCAGGAAAGUUUUAUUAUUGUUUUAACGAGACGUCUGAGGAGAUGUUUCCUCCUGAAGAUGUCAACAACAGGAGCGAGUGCUUUGCUCUGAUGGAGGCCAAUUUGACUGAGAUCCGCUGGAAAAACAUAAAGGUUAACUACGACAAUGUGGGGCUGGGCUACCUGUCACUGCUGCAAGUGGCCACGUUUAAAGGUUGGAUGGACAUCAUGUACGCAGCUGUGGACUCCAGAGACGUGGAGUCCCAGCCGCAGUACGAGGCCAAUUUGUACAUGUACCUAUACUUUGUCAUCUUCAUCAUAUUCGGCUCCUUCUUCACCCUCAAUCUCUUCAUCGGAGUCAUCAUAGACAACUUCAACCAGCAGAAAUCUAAGUUGGGGGGAACAGAUCUUUUCAUGACAGAGGAGCAGAAGAAAUAUUACAACGCCAUGAAGAAACUAGGCUCCAAGAAACCUCAGAAACCUGUUCCACGGCCUGAGAACAAGUUCCAGGCUCUAGUUUUUGACCUGGUGACGACUCAGCUUUUUGACAUUUUCAUCAUGGUGCUAAUCUGCCUCAACAUGGUGACCAUGAUGGUGGAGACAGACGAGCAGAGCGAGGAGAAACAAAUGAUCCUGUACUGGGUCAACCUUGUCUUCAUCAUUGUCUUCACCACAGAGUGCACUCUAAAGAUGAUCGCUCUCCGGCAGCAUUACUUCGCUGUUGGCUGGAACAUCUUCGACUUUGUUGUUGUCAUCCUGUCCAUUGUAGGCCUCCUUCUUGCUGACAUCAUAGAGAAAUAUUUUGUUUCUCCAACGCUCUUCCGUGUAAUUCGAUUGGCUCGGAUCGGCCGAGUUCUCCGUCUCAUUCGUGGAGCCAAGGGGAUCCGCACACUGCUGUUCGCCCUGAUGAUGUCACUUCCUGCCCUCUUUAACAUUGGCCUCCUCCUAUUUCUCAUCAUGUUCAUCUUCUCCAUCUUCGGAAUGUCUAACUUUGCGUACGUGAGGAAGGAGGCCAUGAUCGACGACAUGUUUAACUUUGAGACGUUUGGGAACAGCAUGAUCUGUUUGUUUAUGAUCACCACGUCAGCCGGAUGGGACGGUCUGCUGAAUCCCAUCAUGAACACGCCGCCGGACUGCGACCCCAACAUAGAUAACCCUGGGUCGAUGGUCAGGGGGGACUGUGGCAGCCCGGCAUUGGGCAUCGUCUUCUUCACCACCUACAUCAUCAUGUCCUUUCUAGUGGUGGUCAACAUGUACAUCGCCAUCAUCCUGGAGAACUUCAAUGUGGCUACAGAGGAGAGCGCUGACCCGCUGUGUGAGGACGACUUUGAGAUGUUCUAUGAAACUUGGGAGAAGUUUGACUCCGAUGCUUCUCAGUUCAUACAGUACAGUAAGCUGUCAGAUUUCUGCGACACUCUGAAGGAUCCGUUGAGGAUCUCCAAACCAAACACCAUCAAACUGAUUCACAUGGAUCUGCCUCUGGUUCCUGGAGACAAGAUCCACUGUCUGGACAUCCUGCUGGCUCUCACUGCACAGGUUUUGGGUGAUUCAGGAGAGAUGGAUGCUCUCAAAGCCAGUAUGGAGGAGAAGUUCAUGGCCAACAAUCCCUCCAAGGUGUCAUAUGAACCAAUCAGCAGCACUCUGCGGAGGAAACAGGAAGAAGUGGCGGCGACGGUGAUCCAGAGAGCAUAUAGGAAACACCUCCUGAAGCGGACGGUCAAAUUGGCAUCCUACAAAUACCGAGAGAAGAUGGAGGGACGGCGAGCCAAGGAGUCUCCGCCCGAGACAAAAGGACUUAUCUGUAAACGCAUCAGUCAGCUGUAUGGAGGCAGCGAGGACACAGAGGAGCCCAUCGCAGGUGUUUCAGAUGAGGAGACUCCUCACACUCGGGUGGAGCUUCAGAGUGAGUUUCUUCUCCAUGCUGCUCCACCCCUCAACACCUCCAACUUCCUGCCGGUUGAGAACCUGAGGGAGUCUAUUGUCUGA